AUGACUUCUAAGCCAAAAUCGCCAUCCAGCCUCUUCACCAUGCCGCGACUGGCUAAUUUGCGAACAGGGUCAACGGACUAUGAGUAUGGCCAACUCCCGUAUAAUCACACACCUGAUGGCGAACGUAUGUUGCUGUCCUUCACUCUCUAUUCUCCCUCGAAAUUUGUAACCACUAAUGUUUCUUCAGGUGAUGUCGCCAAUUGCAAAUUCCCUUCAAUACCUAAGAAGAUGGACGAAAGGUGGAAGCGAAAUGCCACCUGGGGAAUUAUAGGGACUGCCUUCUUCCUAAUGGUCAGUUUUACGGGAGUCGCGAUAGCUUUCACCGUAGUGUUCGCGGUGAAAUCCCCCAAUGUUGGCGGCUACAGGUCCGACAGCCCAGAAUACGCGCUCUACAAAAACACUCGAUUUGAGGAAUGCUACAGGGCACCAGGAUCCACGACAAAUUGUACCGCCAUGCGGGUCGCACUGAAUAGCAGCACCAUUACUGGCUUUGGGUACCUCCGCAGUAGCGCGGUAUUGAACGAGAACAACAGCUCGGAAUGGUGCGAAGCCGUGAGCUGCUUCAAUGACUACAAGGUCAUUCCGUCUACUCCACGCGAUUCGGCCAUGUGGCCGACUCUCCUCACUAGCUGGGCCACAUGUGCUGGCUUUCUAGUAGGAUCACUGUUUCAGCUUUUGUUACAGCAGAAAGCGUUGUACAGCCCGAGAAACAAGCCUUGCAAAGGGCUCGGUGAGGUACACUGGUACAGUUGGCUCUUUAUUGGCUAUGAUCUAGUUUCGUUCAUUUGGUGGUGGGUGUCAUUUGGUAAACUGGCUGCCGCGCCAGAGAGCGCUGCCACACCCUUCAUAGUUGGCUGGGUAAUCCCCUGGAAAUAUGCCGGCCUGUUCAGAUACCAUCCAUUUUCUUGUGCCUUUGGAACCAACCGUCGUGGGAAAAAUGUUGCACGGGGGAUCUUUUACAUCCUAGCAGUCAUCCAGUGGAUUGCUUCGUGGUACGUGAUCCAUAUCAAUCUUCCCUCCCUUACGGCUCCUGGCCCUGGUUGGGGCCUGCGUGCGCCGGAUCCAAGCUACGAUUGCGUGCAGUCUCAAAUCGACGCUGCGCCCGGAGCUUCGACUUGCUCAGCGACACAGAUCUGCUCACGCAAUUGGCUGUUCGUUGAUUUUGGGUUUCAUCUCUUAUAUCUGAAUGCGAACCCACUUAUCGCUAUCGGGUUAAUCUUCCUUGCAUUGACACUACUGGCCCUUUCGCCUCUCGCCAUGAUGAUCUUUGCUUGUUUCUUGAGAGAUAAAAGCCCGAGCUUAUCGCCUCGUAGCAUGCUACGAUGGGCAGAUCCAGGACCGAUUGCUAUCAUUUCCUUGCUCUCCGUUUUUGAGAUUAUUACUGGGUGCAUACUGGUUGUCGAUAUGGUAAAGAGACUCAAUGGUACUCCGGACGCGACAGUCGCUUUCGACUGGGAGUGUCAGGCUAUUCAUGUGGCCUUGAGUCCUUGGAGAUAUUACAUUGAUCUGGACUAUGAACGGGGGUGGCGGAUUGCUAAGUUGUGGUUCAAUUCGUGA